CGAUGAUUAUUCCACCUCCAAACACAUAUAAUCGCAGUCAUCGUCCUUGCCGGCUACAUCAACCGAAACAUUCUAGGUAUAGGAUUUUCCUACCCGAUUCCAGGGAGAGACGCAGCUUUCUAAAGAAUUCGCCGGAAGCUCACAUCGCCGAUUCCAGUGAGAGACGCAGCAGUCAGGGGACGCAGCAUUCAGGGUCGGAUCAACAAGCAUGGAUUCACAUAUUAAGGUAUUGGUGCGUGUCGAUGGAACGUGGGAUACCCUUGGAAAUUUCAGUUCAAAGUACGACAUUAUUAUCGAUGUCCGUUGUGAGACCACUCUAAAUUCACUCAUGGACACCGUUAAAGCGCACAUUCCUAUGGACUGGUCUCAAAAUGAUGUUCGUUUCUCUUACAUAGUUGCCUUGUGUCCACCCCCUAUCGUUAUUUCGGAUGAUGCUGAACUGCUCUUCUACUUGAAGUUGAAGUCUUACCAAAACGACAUGUCAUACCUGCCAUUAUGCAUGGAGGUUUUACCUACUGAUACAGUACGUGAUAUGUCUGCUCAAGACAUUUCAUCAUAUGCUCCCGCCAGUAACACGUGUUACACUACACAUACUCUGGCGUGCACUCCCAACCUAACGGGGCAAAGCAACACAAACAACAUGUCCAGCAAAACCUCUAAUGGAGACUCUGCUCAAACAGUAUGAAAAGAACCAAUCGGACCAAACGUAGGACACCUUCUGCAAAACCAGUGGACGUAUUUUCACACUAUCACCCGACCACUCUUCAACUUGACAGCAUUUAUAAGUCCAAAGAAGACUUAUGCCACCAUCUACAAAUGUAUGCCGUAUCUAAUAGCUUUCAGUACAAGACAAAGAGGUCGAAUAGGUCCGUGUUGCACGUUGUAUGCAUUGAUGACCGGUGUUCAUGGGCUGUGCGUGCGGUCAGUCUUGACAAAUCUCCAUUAUUCCAGAUACGCAGGUUUGAUUCAUAUCAUUCAUGCCCUGUUGACUUUUGGGAAGGUGAUCACAGACAAGCAACAUCAGCAUUCUUAGCCGAUCUAGUCCUACAUCGUUAUGUAGAUGCUACCAGGAAACAGUACCCUCCUAAUGACAUACGGGACGACAUGCGUCUGGAGUUUGGCAUUGCAAUGUCAUACAGGAAAGCACUACUCGUGAAACAGAAGGCAUUAAAAAAGUUGUAUGGAUCCGAUGAAGAAUCAUACCACAUAUUACCAUCUCUUUGCUAUAUGCUCGAGACGAAGAACCUUGGCUCUUCCAUCAAUCUGUAUAGGACCGAAGAUCAGAUAUUCAAAUAUUUGUUCUUCUCUUUAGCACCGUGGAGACAAGCAUGGAAUCAUUUUGCCCCAGUUCUCGGGAUCCUUCAUGCUGUUCAAAACAUUUUCCCUAACGCAGGUCACGGGUUUUGUACCGAACAUAUUGCCCGAAAUUUGCGUGUUAAAUUUAAAGGUCCUAAAGAAGACUUAACUUGGAAGUUUAGAAAAGCAUCACGUGCACCAACCGAGGUGGAGUGCGAGGAAUACCUUCAAAUGCUGGAUGAACAAGACCACCGAAUACGUGCAUACCUCAACCAAAUUGGUCAAACAAAAUGGGCACGAUGUAAAAGUGGCCCAUUCCGCUACUCUGUAAUGACGUCAAAUGCAGCAAAAUCAAUGAACAACGUCAACAACUCGGCACGUGAAUACCCCAUUUGCAAGCUAGUUGAUUUCAUUCGCGAAAGGAUGCAGAAAUGGUUUCAUGAACGGUUUGAAACAGCGACAUCUACAUCAACCAUUCUACCAAAGAAGCUUGAGUCCGAAUUAAUUACGUUACAACGUGAUGCAUUUAAGAUGAAGGUUAAGCCAUCUUGCCCAUACGAGUUCGAGAUUGUUGACCGGUGGACCAGAACUUUUGUGGUUAACCUGAGAGACAAGUCAUGUACAUGUGGGGAUUUUCAAUUGGACCAUUUUGUAUGCGUACACGCUGUGGCAGCAAUAGGAUCUCGUCCAGGUCUAUCGUGUUAUAAUUUCAUCUCACCUUACUACAAACGCGAAGCAUUAGUAGCCACCUACAGCGGUAUUGUGCAUCCAUUAGGUGACAAGUCUACGUGGGACAUCCCGACCGAUGUGAAAUCACUAGUUUGCAAGCCCCCAUCAUGCACCAAGCGCCCUCUAGGAAGGCCAAAGAAGAGGAGGCUACCAUCCGUUGGUGAAUUUCACACCGGAAAAGACAAACAUCAACAAAUUGUUCUCCAAGCAUCCACUGCCAAUAGCCGAAAUCCAACCUCAACUUGCAAGCAGUCCUAAAACUACCCACCCUAACAGAGGGAACCCCACCCCCACCCCUUUUGUAAACAACUCACAAUCCCAAAACCACAAUGCCAAACUCCCCUGACCCCCCCACCCCCACCUGUGUCUAACUAACUUACACUUCCAAUAACACACUUCCAAACUCACCAUGAACCCCCCCACCUCUGUCUUAAUAACUUACACUUCCAAUA